CAACGAUGACCCAUGUAACAGCAAAAGGCAGGCUGGUGACCAGGCAGGUAUACUGUAACAAGCUUGAUUCAAUGAAUUUAUUGAUUGACCCGUGACUGACAAUUGGAUCAACCGACACCAUCUCGAAUGGCGGUUCAAGUUGAUGUCUCCCCGGUCUGUAUACAAGUACUGUAAUACUACUGUAUGUGUACAGCACUCAACACCACAGCAACCCUUCAAGUCCCCUGAACACUGACAGUCCUCUUUCGACCCCUUCAAUCCUUCCUCUGCCACUUUCCUCCCUUGCAUUCAUUUGCAAGUUCCCGUCAUCAUUUUGCCAUUGGGCAAUAAUAACAACAACCCCAUCAUCAGAAUUUCAUUUCGUUCUUCUUCUCAAAACUCCCCGACCACAUCCUACCGUCAGCACUGCCAUGUCCUGUCUGUUCCUACCCUCUUCCUGGCCCACCUUCCGACCGACCAUUUAUAUCUGUAGACUCCCCUCCACUGACACUAGUGGAAUCGACAACAUCCCAAAGACCGAACCUGGACGAAAACCCCGAGCCAUGAGAAAGCACAGCAAAGCAAAACGAUCGACGAGUUCAAAUAAAAGCAAUGAGGGUAUGGUAUGCAGUCUAUAACAGCCGUAGCUAGGGGCAUUUAUUAAUGUGGGUCUCAUUCGUGAAUGACUGGAGAGCGGAAAGCAAAAGACAAACAAAGGGGGUGGUUAGCGAGGCCCAGUCGCACAGCAAGACCAGGGGGAAAAAGGACAAUCAUCAUAGUUCCCAACGAAACCUCGUACGAAUGCACCGAAACAAGAAACCCAGAUGCCGGAUCUCUUCACCAACAUCAAAUUGGUCGGAUGCUGAAAACCGGACCAGACGUAAUCGGAUAGCACUUUUCGGAAAGGAUGAUCGUGGAAGAGUAACAUGGUUGUGUUGUCAUCACUUCGUUGGAAUCUAUCGUUCCGGUAUCAGACAAUCGGCCGUGAAUUCUGCCCGGUUAAUGACAGGAGACUCCCUCGUCCCUCUCUACCAGUGUGGUCAUGCCCUGAAAAGAGGCCCUUGAUGCAUCUAAAGCUGUGGCCCCGUCGAAGAUUAAUGGUUUUUCGUAACAGUCGGGCGAUAUCUAUGUCGUACAAUGAUGAUGUUGUUGGGGAGGUGCCAUCUGUUUAAGAUGGUUGUCCCGUUG